UGGGGAGGAAGUAGCUGAAAUACGAAAAAUUGUACGGGGGAAAAUUAUUCAGUUUUUCUGUAGUACUCUUUUAUAUUUAAACUUAUAGCUCCACCUAAAAAUUCAUUGUUUAAAACAAUUUACUUGCCCAACAUUUCCAAAUUCGCUAAAUACAACAGAGAAAAUGUGAGGUUAAUUUAAAAAGAAUUCAGAAUGAACUAAUGAUGACUAAUGAUGAUAACAAUUGAACUUUAUGGUGAAGAUAACUAAUGUGUGACGUGCGUUUAUUGUGUAGAAAUACUUGUUUAAACAUGGGUGCAAGAAGCAGCCAAUUUAGCGAAGAAGAGUUGCAGGAUUAUCAAGAUUUAACAUAUUUCACGAAGAAGGAGGUCUUACAUGCCCAUCAGAAGUUCAAGGCACUUGCACCAGAGAAAGUCGGGCACAACAGGAAUGCGAAGCUUCCAAUGUCUAAAGUCUUACAAUAUCCUGAGCUUAGAGUAAAUCCCUUUGGGGAUAGAAUUUGCAAGGUCUUCAGCUCUAGUCAAGAUGGUGAUUGUACCUUUGAAGACUUCUUGGACAUGAUGUCAGUAUUUAGUAAUGCUGCCCCAAAGGCUGUAAAAGCUGAACAUGCAUUUAGAAUAUUUGAUUUUGAUGGUGAUGAUAUGCUUGGCGUGGGAGAUUUGAGACAAGUGGUUGACAGAUUAACAGCGCCUCAGAGAUUAAAUGACAAUGACAUGCAGCAAGUUCUUCAGUAUAUUCUUGACGAAGCUGAUCUAGAUGACGAUGGUGCUUUGAGCUUUGCAGAGUUCGAACACAUCAUAGAGAAAAGCAGCGACUUUUCUAAGAGCUUUGCUAUUCGUUUAUAGAUACGAUACGAAGCAUUUCUUAAUGAAAGAUAGUAAACAAAAGAGACUGAACAUAAUAUUGAUUAAUAAUAAAUGCCACUUAAUGAUUAAACUAGUAAUGUAGGACUAUAUAGUUCAGGAAAACAUAGUCCAAGAAAAAAAAUUAUGUUCAACAUCCACGGAAUGUGCCAAGAUUCUACAGUUGAGCCUAAAUACGACACCAAUAAAGUUCUAACUUUUUUAUUGUUUAUUGAACUAUUAUGUGAUAAAAGGAACGGCAUUUCUAAACGUGAAAUUAUUGAUUCCACGUUACUUCCACAGCCCCAAGCAUCAUCAAUCUUGUAUACAUUCUUGUAGGAUUUUUCUAAAGUCACACACAUCAUUGCAUGUUUACAAAACGUAUAUUUAUUAAAUUAUUAUGAAAUAUAAGUAUCUUCAUAUAUACAUAUAUGUUGUAUAAAACUCUUAUACAAUGGAUUAUACGAUACAGUGCAAUAUGGAAAGAGCAAAUAAAGAAAACAGAAAAUAAUAGAACAUUAAUUUU